AUGGGGAUCCAUCAGUUUCUGUAUUUACCAAAUUCGCCAAAGCCCUUAUUAGGAAGAGACCUGCUAGAAAACUUGGGAGCCAUAAUAAAGUUCAACAAAGACAAAUUGGAAUUUCGAGUAAACGAAGAACAGCUGAUUACAGCUCUAAGCCUGACAAUCAGCUGUAUAGAGCCAAAACCUGAAAGUCACAACAUUGAGCGAAUCCUGAGCGAAGCAUACCCAUUAGUAUGGGCUACUGAUAUACCUGGAAAAUCAAGACAAGCAAUACCUAUCAUCAUUGAACUUAUACCUGGGGCAAGGCCAGUAGAGUUAGGGUUGCUGGUAGAAUGCGAAUCGGAUUUCAACACACCCAUUUUGCCAGUGAAGAAACCUAAUGGAACUUAUAGGCUAGUUCAGGAUCUAAGAGCAGUAAACGAAAUAACAAAGACACUACACCCGGUAGUUGCUAACCCAUAUACACUUUUAACUAAAUUGAAAGAUAAUUUGGCAUGGUUCACCGUAUUAGAUUUGAAAGACGCAUUCUUCUGCCUUCCUUUAGCUCCAGAAAGUCAAAAGAUUUUUGCCUUUGAGUGGGAAUUUGUAGAUAGAGGAAGAAAGACCCAACUUACCUGGACAGUAUUGCCCCAAGGAUGGUGUAAUUCCCCCACGAUUUUUGGGAAUCAGUUAGCCAAAGAGUUAGAGCAGUGGGAAAGGCCGCUGGGAGAUGGCACUCUUCUGCAGUACGUAGACGAUCUCCUAAUAGCAACAGUGACAGAGGAAGAGUGCAAUGAAUGGACUAUUUCCCUGUUAAACUUUCUGGGUUUAAGUGGAUAUCGAGUCUCUCAACAGAAAGCACAGUUGGUGCAGACGGAAGUGGUUUACCUGGGAUAUGAAAUUUCCCGAGGACAGCGAUCCCUGGGAGCAGCCAGAAAGGAAGCUAUCUGCCAGAUGCCUAAACCAGAGACAGUAAGAGAUCUGCGCGCCUUUUUGGGGAUGACAGGUUGGCGUCGGCUAUGGAUCUACCAAUACGGGAUACUCGCUAAACCACUGUAUGAUUUGUUGAAGGAGACCAAGAGUGUCCUAGUUUGGACUCCUGAAGCAGAGGGGGCCUUCAGAAAGCUGAAACAGGAGCUAAUGAGAGCACCAGCCUUAGGUCUCCCAGAUGUAUCAAAACCAUUCUGGCUGUUCUCCCAUGAGCGACAGGGGAUGGCCCUAGGAGUCCUAGCACAGCAGUUAGGGCCACAUAAGAGAGCUGUGGCCUACUUCUCCAAACAGUUGGAUGAAGUAAGCAAAGGAUGGCCUGGCUGCCUGAGAGCGGUGGCCGCAGUGAUUAUCAACAUAGAAGAGGCCAGGAAGCUCACGCUGGGCCAAAAGGUAACGGUGCUAGUGUCUCACACCGUCUCUGCUGUGUUAGAGCAGAAAGGUAACCACUGGCUGUCACCUUCCAGAUUCCUAAAAUACCAGGCCAUCUUGGCUGAAUCGGAUGACGUAACUAUUUAGGUGACUAACAUUGUGAACCCAGCUUCAUUCCUAGAAGGGAGGGCCCCAGCAGAACCAAUCGAGCACGACUGCCUGGAAACAAUUGAAGCCGUCUACUCCAGUCGCCUGGACCUCAAAGAAGAACCAUUCGAAGAUGCGGACAACUGGUUCACGGAUGGAAGCAGCUUCGUGAGGCAGGGAGUAAGAAUGGCUGGUUAUGCAAUUACCACCGCAGAAAAGGUAAUUGAGUCGAAUCCUUUGCCUGCAGGGACUUCAGCCCAGAAGGCAGAGCUGAUAGCUUUGAUCCGAGCCCUGGAAUUGGCGGAGAACAUGCGGAUUAACAUAUGGACAGACUCCAAGUACGCCUUUUCCGUCGUACAUGCUCAUGGAGCCAUCUGGAAAGAAAGAGGACUGUUGACUGCUCAAGGGAAAACAGUCAAACAUGCAAAGGAGGUCCUGCGACUGCUAGAGGCAGUCCAACUCCCAGCACAGGUGGCCAUAAUGCAUUGUAAGGGACACCUAAAGGGAAACACUAUCCCGGAGAUAGGGAACAGAAAAGCGGACGCAGAGGCUAAAUUAGCCGCUGCAAGGACUGAGGAAAUAAAAAUAACAGCUCUAAUACCAGGUGAGUUAGACACAAACCUCCGGCCAGAAUAUCAGGAGUCAGAUCACAGGUGGAUUCAGAGAAAUAAAGGUAAAAUGUUAGAAAAUGGUUGGGGUCAAUUGGAAACAGGACAGUUAAUAAUACCAGGAAAUACGAUGUGGCAGUUCGUGAAAGCAGAACACGAGAAAGCCCAUUGGGGUUUAGACCCGCUAUAUCAGUAUCUGCAGGCUUGGAUAGCGGGACCAAAAUUGUUUACCACUAUAAAACAUGUCACAUCCCAGUGUGAGAGAUGCCUGAAGAACAACCCGAAUACAGGGACUAAGAUACACCAAGGAGCCAUAAAUCGAGGUAAAUUCCCAGGUGAAGUAUGGCAAAUUGACUUCUCUGAACUCCCAAGAAAAGGAGGGUUUAGAUAUUUGUUAGUAUUAACUGAUACAUUUUCUGGGUGGCCUGAAGCAUUCCCUUGCAGAACGAAUAAGGAAAGAGAAGUAACUAAAGUACUGUUGAAUGAAAUUAUUCCACGGUUUGGGGUACCGAAGAGUAUUUCUUCGGAUAGGGGUACACAUUUCUGUGCAAAAGUGGUAAGAGCAAUAAGCAAAGCGUUACAGAUUAAAUGGCAAUUACAUACGCCUUACCGUCCACAGGCUAGUGGGCAAGUGGAAGAGAUGAAUCAUCUUAUCAAACAGCAGAUUGCCAAAAUAUGCCAGGAGACUAAUUUGCAGUGGUAUCAAGCUUUGCCUAUUGCUCUGCUUAGGCUGAGAGUCAAGCCAAGAUCAAAGGAAAGGUUAAGCCCAUUUGAAAUUCUGUAUGGCAGACCUUACGCUAUGCAAACUGUAAAUGGGGACGCUGUAGAUCAAAUAGGUAAUCAGUAUAUUUAUGACUAUGUGAUUAUGGUGGGGAAGCAAUUCGACAAGAAUGCUACGGUGGUGAUUGAUCACCAACCUAAACAACCUGAUUGUAAGUUGCAUCCGUUUAAUCCCGGUGAUUGGGGGUAUGUUAAGAAUCUUUUAGGAAAACCCCUGCAAGAGAAGUGGGAGGGGCCUUUCCAAGUGCUGCUGACCACCUUCACCGCGGUUCGGAUCAAGGAGCGACCUACGUGGAUUCAUUACUCACGGGUUAAGAAAGCACCGGAGAGUAAACAAGAGGAGUAG